CAGUGCAGACGCAGCGAGUCGCCCGUCGGCUUGGGGCGCAGCGAGAAACCACAAGGCACCGCGCAGCAGAGACGCCCAGGGAUGGGGUGCCGGGGCUGGGGGGUGCUGCUGGGCUUGGCCACGCUCGUGGCGGCUGCCUCGGCUUCUCAGCGCAAGAUGCUGACCUACAGAGAGGCCGCGUUGUUCGCUGUCGACUUCUACAACCGACAGCCGGGCAUAGACCAUACCUUCCAGCUCCUCAGUGUUGAACCGCAGCCCGUGCCGGACACGACGUCCAAGUCACGUCAGGAGGUGCGGUUUGUGGUCUGUGAGACCGUGUGCCCACAGGCCGACAACCACCCAGACAGUGAGUGCAACAUAAAGUUCAACGGGCUGGUCAGGAACUGCAUGUGGCUGUUGUCCACGGAGCACAAGUUGCCCACCUCCAUCAUCACCUGCGACACGGUGACCCCGGGGAAGCACGUCCCUGCCAAUCCCAAACUGAAACCUGGGAAAGGCCCAGGGAGACAUCCUUCAUCUGGCAUCUGGCGUGGACAGGGAACCCCUUUUUCAUUACCCAUAACCAAGAAACCCGUGGGGUAGGGGGAGAGGCCGGGCAUCCCCCACCAGCUUCUGCCACUCGCACUUGGCUGCCGCCUGCUCCUCCCUGCUGCUUCGUGGCUUGUAGACGACCCCGCUGCCACAAGGAUGUCGAAGUGGCCCCGUGGACCACGUUGGGCUGGGGUCACAUCCUGUCUCCACCAGUGGCCAACACCACCUCUUCUCCCGGAAAGCAGAAGAGGGACAAGCAGCAAACAGCCUUGUUUCCCACCUCCUCUGCUUCCUGGCACCUGGCUGCGCCCGUUCCUACCCCAGGGCUUGGCACAGUGCCGGGUGGUUCGGGGGAGCUCGGCCAAGGGCUGGUGGAUGCAGUAGCUUAGAGGGAAAUUGGCCCCCGUGGCCCCUGGCCAACAGCAAGCGAGCACAGGGUGCCGUGCCCGGGCACGGAUGGGGAAGAGGUGGUGCGUGGCACUGUGCAGAGGAAGCCGCAGUGCCCGCUGGGGUGGAGGUGCCAGUGUCAUGGGUGUCACGCCUCCCCGAGUGUUUAGUCCCUUCCCCAGCCCCGUCCCAGCCUGGACGGGACUUGCUGGGGGCUGGUGAGGGCCCGUUCUCCCUGCGCUUGUGGCUGCCUCCACUUCCCCCUGCACCAGCCAUUGCAACCUGCUGCCGUGCCGCUGCAUGGGUGUACGCGUGUGAACCCUGCCCUCACCCGUGUGUGGCCAGCCGUGAGCUCCCCCAAGCACAAGUGUUGUGCCCUUGUAUCUGCAGCCCGCCGGGCAAAGUCGCCCCUGCCUGAAUAAAGCAUGAGAAGCACCA